CUGACAUAGUACAACACGACACCACCGUCUUCGAUGGAUUUCCUCAAUAUAUUCAGAAAAACACUCCCAUCAAUUCUUUGUGGCCGAAUAGCAUGUGUUCAAAACUUGAAUCCAGAUCGCAUUGUAGGUCGCGUAUUAUAGCUACCUAGGUAGGAGGCGGGGUUCCAUGUUGAGCGCUUGCAGCGGGUUGUCCGCUGUGGUGUAGCCUAAGGAGGGUCGAGGCUGGGGCCGUACGCUAGGUAUAUAUCUGCUAAAUGCAUAGGUAGGUAGUCUAGGUAGGUAUUCGAUGAAACCAGCAUUGAUAAACCGUGCAUGUUCAGAGCGGCGAUGGAAAGCACAACCUAUUACCUCCAUUUAGAGCCUUCCUUCGAACUGCUCAUUGAAAUAUGGGCGGGAAGUCAUGAUCAAGAUGAUAGUAGAUAAUGCUGGAUAACAACAGAAGGUGCUCCACGAGGGCUCAACCUCGUACCUACCUGAAAGUCCAAGGAGCAGACAAGCGCUGUUUCAAGCCUUCUUGCAAUCCCUUCCAAGGUUGCUCAUGCCCACGAGCCAUUACCUAGCGCCCAAGUUAUACGUCUUAGAUCACUGUAAUGGAUCCCACCACGCAACCUGAGAUGGAUAAGCUGGCAGACGGCUCGACUCUAGACACUGACGUUGAAGUCAUAAGUAGUACUACAGCUGGAAACUCGCCGCCAGUGCCAACUACUAUUACUGCUCUGCAUCUUCAAAAUUCUACAGCUACAGCACAAUUGGACCAUGGAAACCUUCCACUUAGUGCAGCGCAUACCGAAAUUUGCAGAAAACGAACAGCCGAUGAUGCUAAAAUGCCAAUAAUGAAGUAUCCCAAGAGAGCGGUUGAGAGUGCCCAACCAAUAGGCUCGAACCGGACCCCUAUUACCCCUUCCCGGACGCUGAGCUCUCUCUACUCCCUGAAAGUGACGAAACCUAUCAGAAAGACUCAAAGCAACAUUUCCGCUAGAAAACACGCUGAUACCGCCCGAUUCCCGGGUUACCAGGUUACUGAACAGUUGACACCUCAACCCACUGGCACAUUUUUCAGUUUAGGAACUCAAUACGAUAGUGGAAAUACGCCUUUAGCAGUAGCUAAUGAUGCUCACGACGAGAGUGGUAGCGAAGAGUCGAGUGACUUGUAUGGUCUAAACGGGAUCUCAGAUGAUGAUCUGGUCCGGCUGUUAACUCAUAACCCCGAACCUGUACACGAAAACCACAUACCUCCUUCAAGUGUACAAGGGUGGGAUCAUGGUUCACAGUCAGCCGCGGAUUAUGAUCCGAGUCUAAAAUUUACACCUCCUGAUCCACAAGAGAGCGAUGAUGACGCUGGUGCUUCUAAUGAUAUUUCAAAUUCACGGCAAGACGAUACUCUUGAAGAUCUUCUAGAUGAAGAUGUUGACUGGGAUAUCGUGUUAACAAAUGCAAACGUCCUACAAGAUACUUCAUCAGUUGCUUCAGAAGCUGCAACAGAGACGUCUAGAUGUGCAAAUAUGGAGGUUCAUACAGAGGGAUCUGACCUUAUUGAACAGAGUUCAUAUGGAACCGGGGUCUUGACUGCAUUUGUUCGACCAUCAUUCCCCGACAAGGUCCGGGAUCGACCUUCUGUCCCAGGCAUGUCCUCUGACACGAUUCUUCGCACUUGUUUCAGGAUAGGCGCAAUGAUAAGCCAAACAGCUUGCUGUCAUAAUCAUCAACAGAGUGUCGUGUUCGAGUUAUACGCUCGCGUCACCUAUUCCAGCCGCGAGACAUUAUCACGAAAGCAGCAUUUCCAAUUCGUCGACUUAUUCAAGGACCAGCAACCAUACCCCGCAGCCACACUUACCAACUGGAGAGUCGACAGCCAGCUUGACAAGGACAGCGCAGCGUUCCUAGACACCCGUGGCGGGCCGCGUCUGUGCUGGUGCAUGUGUAGACCAAUCAAGGACCCCAAGGCGGCCAUAGGCUGGACUUACACGGUGCUGAAAAUCAGAGAAAUUGGCUGGGAGGAGAUCCGAUGGGCGAAGAGAAUCACCUGCGGAGAUUCCGAAGGGGUCGCCACCAAUCCGAUUGUUGGCGAAUUGCCAUGAGUGAAUAUUGCUUCCCGAGAUUAGCGGCCAUGUUUCUUCAUCUCUCAUCCCGUGAUUGCCGACCUUACAUUAUCUGACACUGAGAAGCUAGAUACAUUCGCAUGUACUGCUAGAUCUGCGACGU